AUGGCUAAUUUUAUCAACCAGGAUAGUAAGUUGGACUACCAAUCUGAAAUAGAAGAAAUCUGUUCUUUAGGGGCAAUUGUUUCGAGGGUGGUUAACCAUUUAAUAAUCACAAGAGGAUCUAAGGGUGUUAUGACUAUCAAGCGUCUGAAAAAUGAUCCUAGUAAGUUACAAGUUCGAAGUUAUUCCGGGGAAAUUAUAAAUACUAUUGAAAAUGUUUCUGGAGCUGGUGAUUGUUUUGCAAGCGGAUUUCUACACGGUGUUCUUUUGGGGUUGAAAGAGGAUUCACUUAUUUCUUUUGGAUUUCAAGCAGCUAGAGAUGCCUUACUUAGUAAAGGAACUGUACCUCACAAAUUUGACAUGUCAAAGGACUGUGAAGCCAUUAAAUGCACAGAAACUUGGAUACACAGUUUUUAG